CUACUUGCAGAGAUACUCAAUUCAAGAAUGGCUGAAGUUGAGAACCAUUCAUCUCCUCCUUCUGAUCCGGCUCCAUCAGAUCCAUCAACCCCACAUCCUCAAACUGGGUUCAAUCCUAGCAGAAUGAUUGGCAUCAUCAGAAGGAAGGCCAUGAUAAAAGACUUAGCGGCUAUAUACCAUGCAGAGUGCCUUGCAUAUUGUCAAGAACUUUUGGAACUUCAAAAAAAAGCGGAAGAGUCAUUAAUUGAAAUGAAAGCUGCAGAAGAUUCAAGGAGAGAAACAAUGAGGCCCCCAAAACGUAUGAAGAAAGCCCGUUAGCACCUAAUGUAAGAUAUGUUUGCGAUCUAUUAUAUGCUUUCUUGAAAGAUUCUCUUGGCCUUUUAACAUUGGCAACCUGGAAAUUGUCUUUUACUGAUUACAGAAAGCUACAAGUUUGUUAAAUCUAAUAGAUACAGCUCAUUACAGAAGAUUAAGAUGAAUUGUAUUUUGUUAUUUCACUUUAGAGAUAAAGGAAAGUAUGUUGAUGAAGC